AUGAAGCAGAACAAAAUGGGGCGGCGUCGUUGGAGAUUUGCUACAAUCGCUGCUUUUCUGCUAUUCAUAACAAAAGACACGCAGUGUCAAGAUGAAAAUGAUUUUUAUUACACACCAGAAAGAAGUUUUGCUCAAGUUCAACCGCCUAUAUAUCCAAACAAUCGACCAACGACCUUUUUCGAACAUGGUGAUAGUUUUAGAGUUACGCCCACGGAACAACAACCACUUUAUAAUGACGGGCGCAUAAGAUUUCCUAGCCCAAACUAUGAUCAAAAUCCCUCACCUUUUCAAUUACCAACUGGCAGAAGUCAAUCUGGGACACAAUAUUAUAUAAACCAACCUGAAUUUACAACAUCGCAGCGCCAAAGGUUUAGGCCUGCUCUACCUUUUAAUUUUCAACUGGUUCAUCCUGCUUCAACAAAAAGACCUGAUGUGUCACAAAUCCACUCAGUCGCUUAUCAAAAUAAUCCUUCAAAACCUGAGACAUUUUUAGGUCAAAUAACGAUAAAUAAUCCAGAUAUAGAUUAUCUACAAAAUAAUAGAUAUAAAAAUAUUCCAUUCGAUGGAAAUAGUCUUAAAAGUAACGGACAAAGUGGUCACAUCUCUCAUGACGAUGAGAUUGAUAAUGAUGAUCAAGAUUUCUUUGAUCACCACAAAGUUACAACAUAUAAUCCCACUAAGCUAUCGAGUAGGCAAAAAAUAAACAUAAAACCAAAUAAUUCAAGAUUUCCUCACUUGGAUACUUCGCCGGUAGAAGUAAAAAAAGUUGUUCAGAAUGUGCCACUAAACAAAUAUAAUGUAAAUAAUAAUUUUAAACCAUCUAACAAUAUUCCAAAUAUCUACCACGGAUCUUCUACUGAAUAUAAAUCGCUCUUAGAUAUUGAACCACUUCUUGAAGAUGAUAUCAGUGAUAUUAGUUCAUUUAGAGAAUUAAUGAAAAAUAAUCAAGGAUCUUUUGAUGUUGAGGUUAUUAAAUCUAACAAGAGCUUAGAGUCAGAUGAUAGCAAAUCAGAUGCAAGUUCUGUAAAUUCUGAUAAUAUACCCAAUGAUUCUGCUGUAAUGCCUAUGUCUAUUGAUUCCUCCAAAAAGUUACUAAAUUCUACAAUUAUUUCGUCUUCGACAACUGAAAAUAUAAAGGAUGCAGAAAUUCAUGAAGAGGAUAUGCAUGAUGGUUCAGAAAUAGAGGAAGGAGAGGAAUACGUUGAGUACUAUGAUGAUGAAGAAGAACCUGAAAUAAAAAACACUACUACUCCAAAACCUGUAAAGACUACUGCGGAGCCAGUGACUGACAUAUAUGAUGAAUAUGAUGCUUCUGAAGAACCGGAAAAGACUAUCGUAGAAGUAAAAACAAAUGCUACGAAAUCAUUUGAUGUUUUAAUGAUGAAAGUUAACAAAACAAUGGUCAAAGAUGAUAACUUUAAGCAGUUUAUUGAUACAACAGUUAUAGAUCAGCCUGAAACUGAUAAUCAUAAUGACACAGCAGUACCAAGCUUGAAAUUUACAUUUUCAAAAGAGGACACUUCUUCAAAAGAAUCACAAUCAAUUUUAGGACAAGAAAUUGUUUCCGUAGUGACUACAAAGAGUGUUGUAAAUGGCACUAUUUCAGUACCGGAUAUUACUUACCCACCCACACCUAAAACUGAAAUAACACCAGCGACAUCGAACGAUACCAAAGACACUUUUCCUGUGACUACAGAAAGUUGGAUUGUAGUUGCAUCUGUUCAAACAAGUAGAAGUGUGUCAGGUGCUCGAUUUCUACCAUUCCCAACAGUAGAACAAGAAGAAAAGAAACAAGUAUUAACAGAUGAAGAAGAGGAAAGUAUUACUCAAAAUCCAAUGCAAGAUCCUAGUAAUAUAUUAAAUAGCUCAUCUUCUACUGAAAAUAUCAAUGAUAAAUUAGACAGUAUACAAUCAGAACUUUCCAGUGCAGUUUUGUCAGGAAAUUUAAAUAAAGAACAUAAAAACAUAGAGUUAAUAACUGAGUCUACCACAGAACAAACAACUCUAUCUACAAGCAGUACAACAACGACAACUACUACUACCACUCCUCAGCCUGUUAAGCUGUUUACACUAAAAAGUACGCAGUUUUCCGUUGCCACUGAAAGAUCCUCCCCAGAUCCAUUACCAGUGCAGAUUAAAAAAUUCACUCCGCGAGUAAUGACCUCAACUACUCCUAAACCUAAGAAAAAAUUAGUAACUAUAAUGGAUGAUUUGUCGGGAUUACUGCCUGCAGGAUAUAAGCCACGGCAAUCUUUCAAAGACAAACGUACUAGUACUUCUACAACAACUACGACAUCUACAACCACUACUACAACUACUACCCAGGCCCCGACGUCGACUAUAGGAAUUAAUGUAAUGAACGGUACACAAGGCCGUUCUUCUGGUAUAAGUUCUAAAAAUAAAGUUAUUAUAUUAGAUGAUAAAUCAUUACUUCCAAAAGAAUAUAAACCAAAAGAGCGAAAUCAGGAAGACAUAUUUAAGAAAGUUCAAAAGGAUGAUAUUGGUAAAUUUUUGCCACCUGGUUACAAGUUAGAAGCUACAGACGAAGCGGAAGAUAAUAAUAAGCCAGAUAUUUUGAAAAAUGUUGAGCUGGUUGAUAUUUCUGCAUUUUUACCAAAAGGUUUUAAACUUAAUGCCUCGAGUACUGUUUCAUCAACAACAACAUCAACCACAACGGAAAAGCCUAAAGUUAUUCCAAAAUUACCAAUAAAUGCUGCUCCUGUUGAUAUCUCUGCCUUUUUACCGCCAGGAUUUAAACUAAAUAGUACUGAACCAGAGAAAGCUGAAAGUCCAUUGAUCAAAAUUGCCGAUAUCUCUAAUUUCUUACCGCCAGGAUUCAAAUUAGACAACUCUGAAGAUUCUGAACCAUCAUCUACCACUACUGCAUCUUCUGGUGGUUUUAAAUUAGUCUUUCCUUCACGACCUGGUGGAAAAUCAACGAGGAAAACUACAACUCAAAAAUCAAGUGUAGGUCCACCUCAAGUAACUCCGAGAAUUCAAAAAGGCUGGCCAACAAGAGCUUCUACUGAAUUCACCGGUUGGCCCUCACCUUCAACAACACCAUUCUCAAUUGAGCGGCUUCUGGAACUACAAAGAAACGCUACUGCCUCCACUUUGCUACCAGAAAUUAAUACCGAACCAACGACUCGACGAUUCAUUUCUACGACAACAACGACACCAGCACCACCUCCGCCUACCACUCCUGGAGUAUGUCGACACGAAUGCGACAUAGCUGCGACCAUUAAAAUUGUUUCAGGUGUAACAUGGGUCCCAGAAUUCUUAGAUCAUCAUACGAUAGAGUGGCAAAAAUUAGCUAAGGAGGUAAAAGAGGAGCUCAAUUCCGUCUACUCUAAAUCUGAUUUACUAAGCAAAUGGUACAAAGGAAUUCGCAUAGACGGAUUCAGCCAAGGCUCCGUACUUGUCGAUUACUUCAUUGAACUAAACAAUGUUGAAGAUAGAGUUGAUACGCAACAACUAAAAAGACUCUUCCACAAAUCUUUAAAUGAGGCUAAAGCUGGUUCAGUGAUGGAAGAACAACAAUCAGAUACAUUUGAUCCAGAUGUAAUGUUAGGAGAUCAGCCAGAUGAAGAAAGAAUGAAAAAGAGUGACGAAAAAAUGACUAAAACCAUUGAUAAAUCUGCAGGAAAAUUAGAAAUAGGAAAAUUUGUGAUGGAUCCAGCAUACACAGAAUUUAUUGUUGUGCCAAAACGCGAAGAGCCGACUAUUAUAGAGCCGGACGAGGAGUCUCUCUUACCGCAAUGGGGAAUCGCAGUUAUCGUAAUAGCCCUGGCUUCGCUAUUAUUCGUUAUUAUUUUUGGUGUUACAGUGCUUGUGAACCGUCAAAAAAGUACUAAAACCAAGCAGCCGAUUCCUCUUAGUGAAGACAUGUUAAGAGAACUUGAUAAAAGUCACAUGGGCGGAUUUGAUGACAUGCACCAGUUGAAAGAGCGUGAUCUUCCGUACUUACCAUCAGGAAAGGUAAAGCGCAUGUCAAGUGCUUUCAUAGAGCAAUUAGCGUAUACAAAUCCCGGUGACUCCUGGCGAUCAGAGUGGACUCCACAGUUGCAGAAGUAUAUGCAACACUACACACCUGACUCUGGUCGAGGAUCACAGAUCUAUGGCACUACGGGGAAUGGAUAUGGCGGGUCACAAGUUUACGGGCAGACUGGCGCGGGGUCGCAAGUAUACGGCUACACAGGGGAGUUCCCGCGCUCACACUACUCUCGGCGUCGCUCCGACUACGACAGCAACUUC